AAGUGCUUUUCGAAUACCCAAACAUCUAUUCGCUUUUCAUUGCAUCUCCCGUUCGAGCAGCCGCUUUGGGAAGAAGUAUCUUUUAUAAAAUAAAAUAAAACGUUAAUAAAAUCCCACGACAUUGUAUAAAAUUAAGCUAAUUUAAAAACCAUUGGGUCUUUUAGAAAAACUGCAACUAUCAUGUUUUUGUGAAACCUAAAACUAGAAAAGAAAUGGCAGCAUCAAGAAGGUAAGACUAUCAAAUUGUAAAUAAUAAUUAAUAAUAAAUGAAGGCUAAAAAAAGUAAACCCUAAUGUUAUUUUAUUUAUUAGGACAGAGGCCUAAAUAUUAAAUGUCAUCAAUUAAUAGGCGGUAUUGGGGUAUGCAAUUAGACAGUUAGCUGCCAGUAAUGGGACUAACUAAACUAUAACUACCAAACUUAACUUGAAACUUGAAUAAGAAUUGUACUCACUCACAAUCACAGUUGAACUCACUGUACUGUACUGAUGUCACAGUGGGUAACAAAUAUAAGUAAGUAUGUUACCCUCAAAUUCAAGUCAUAAUUGUAAUAAUUCAUAAUCAAUAGGCUGACAGUGAAUUCUGAAUAUAAAUAGGCUGACAGUGAAUUCUGAAAAUGCAUGGCAUAUGUAACCUAUUCAAAAAGACAUUUAAAAUUAAAAGAAUGAUUAAAGCCAUUUUUAUGCAGCUGAGUUGAGUGAGUUAAAACUAAAAACCUAUGAAUAUGUCUAGCCUGAUAAAUAAAAAUAUUACCAGAUAUUAGACAGAAAUUGAGUAAAGUAACAAGUUCGGUUUGACUUAGCCUUGCCUAAGGCCUAAGGCAGGGCAGGCCUAAUAUUUUGUGUAGAAUUUUACUUAAUGAGUAACUAACUACUGUAUUGGUGUGUUAUGUGUUGUAAAGGCCCUUGUGCCUUGUCUUUGUUGUUAGUUGCCUUAGCCUACUUCCUAUGCAUAAGGCAAUGCUAAGCUAAAGAUUAAUAUUUCAAAAUAUCACUUCCAGUCAACUAGAAACCUAUGCCUAUGCCUAUAUUAAACUAGAAAGCUAUACGUGCUACUCUUUCAGUACAAUAAUUCUUGAAACUGUGCUAGACAUAUAUUUUAAUUGUAAGGAAUUUAUCUUGGAGGUCUGAUAUUAGCUGCUACAAGGCAAUCUUGAAAAGUGAAAUAAUUUGUGACUCAUUGCCAUAUUUGCUACCAGUUUAUGGGGACUUUGAAAUUAUUAAAUAACCUCACACUCAGACGUUUGCAUUAUUUUCAAUAUUUUCAUAGAAAAGAUUGCCUAUUUAGCACAUCAUGUUGAUACUAUGACAAAGCUUGUCUUACUUACGUUUUUUUGACUGGGUACAUUUAUUUAGUUCCGCCCUUUAAAAAAUAAUUUUAACUACCUCUUUAAAUACAUUAUAUAUUAACUCACAAAUCACAAUAUGCUAACAUCAUAACUGAAACAAUUAGAUCUAUUCAAAUUAAUUUAACUUCUAAAUUACCCUGUGCUAAAUGACGUUUAUUUUCAGUCAACACUAUUUCAUUAUGGGCAUCCCACAAUGUUAUUUAUAAGCUUUAAAGUAGAUUAAUUUGACACAAACAAUUUGUGUAAAUAAUAUCUAAAACAAUAUAUGUUCAGCUUUAAUGAUUGUAAAGAAUACAAAUGUAUAGAGCAGUGGUUCUCAACCUUUCUAAUGCCGCGACCCUUUAAUACAGUUCUUCAUGUUGUUGCGACCCCCACCGACACAAUUAUUUUCUUUGCUUCUUCAUAACUGUAGAGUAUAUGUGUUUUCAGAUGAUCGUAGGCAACCCCCAAAGGGGUCGCGACCCACAGGUUGAGAACCACUGGUAUAGAGAAAAGAAUAAGAGUGGGCGCAAUACCCAACCCACUCUCAUUCUCUUUUCUCACUUUUAUAGGCAGGAUACAUAAAAAUCAAUAUUAAGUAAAUUUAAUUUAUACUUAUAUCAAUGUUUUUUUUUUGUACUUAUGAAUGCAUUUGCUGAAACGUCUACAUUUGUAUUCUGUAUAAUCAUUAAAGCUGAACAUAUUAUGUUUUAGAUAUUAUUUACACAAAUUGUUUGUGUCAAAUUAAUCUACUUUAAAGCUUUAUCCCAGUCCAAGACUCUUGUAAUCUCAUGCAUAAUUUUUCAAAUGAGUUAUGCUUAUAUAGUUAGGGACUAUCAAAAUAUUAAGAGGCUAUGGGAACAAAUUGACUAAAUAUGAAGCAAAAGCUUAUAAACCCUUUUUAAAGACUUUCUGAGGUUUAUUUGUUCGUAUUGGUAAUUUGGAGGACAAUGUAAUUGACUUUAUUUAUUUAGACAUGAAAGUUAACAUUGUUAGACCUUUCAUGAAUGAUUUUAAGAAUUUUAAAUACUGAUUGUGUCGGGUACUAGUGCUAUCAAGGAAGUGAAUAGCAGUACAUUAUAUUUUGGAGGAGGAAAUAAAUAAUGAAACUGGGUUGCUGAUUGAAACAGAAAGUGUAAAGUUCUUGUUUGUCCCCCUGACUAAACUUAAUAUAAUUAUGGUUGCCAGAAUGACAUUUUACUGAACACCAAAUACUUUAAAAACAGUUCAUCUUUAUAACUGCCUUUUUUUUCCUUGCAUUAUUCUUGAAUUCUGAAUAAUAUGUUUAUUUUGCAAUAAUAGAGUUUUUAAUUAAAAUUCUAAAAAACGAGUGUUGAAUUUAUCUGAUUACAGAAGGAUGGUAAGCCAAUAACUAAAAGUAUCUGGCAGUUUCUAGGUUUUACUGUUUUCCAGCUGACUAGCACUUAACUUAAUACAGCUACAAAAGAGCACUCUUAGAGUUCAGGAUGUAACGAGUUUUAUGUAUUCAUCAUUAAAGAGAGCAUAUAAAAAAAUCUUAGUUCAUUUUGGGAUAAAAUACAUGUGUGCUGGAUGGAAAAUUUUGAUUAGUCCGUAUAAUAGGUUUAACAUGAUCAGAAAUGUUGAAAUAGAAAAUAUAUAUAUAAAUUAGAUUGUAAGGGCAGUUACUUUUUUUAUUGGUCAUGGAGAAUAUAAAUAAGCAUUUUCCAAUGGCAAGGUAAAUUUUUCAUAACUGUAAAAACUGUAUUCCAUCCGUUUGAUUGUUGAUUUUUGAAGCAUAUAAUUUUUUUUUAUUCGGGUCCAUCAUAUAUUCUCAAAUGUCAAUUUUGGAAAUAUGUUUAUAUUAUGGUUGUAAUAUUUAAAUUUGAUAAUUUUAAUUAUUGUGAGCUUAUUUUAAAAAAAUGGGCAUUUUUUUGUUCAUGAGAAAUUGUCAUACAAUUAUUUAAAUAGCUUCCAUUUCAAUAAUUUAGAAGUUUUUAGGACUCUAAAGCUUUAACCUUGAAAUAUUAUAUAUUUUAAAGAAAGGUAUGAACUUUAUUAUUUUUUCAAAUGCAUCUUAUUUAUGUCAUCAGAUCAAAAUAGCUCUAGAUUAUUUAAAAUUUAAACGGUCAGUAAAUAUCACUCAUUAUUAUGAAACUAGAAGUAUGCCGCCAAACAAUGCUUGAGGCAAUGCGUGAACUUCAUAUCUACUAAAGUUACUUAACAAAAAUAUGCAUUUAAGCAACACACUUUAUAAGAUUCCCAUUUAGUGCUAACUUCUGGGAAUUUUUUUCACGCCUGUUGAACACAGCGUUACAGCCAUACAUGCAUACCUAGAAAAUAAUCAUUUCUGAUUACUGAAAUUCACAAAUUCUUAUAUUUAUCCUUAUGUCUAAAAAUAAGUUUUGAUUAGACAUUGAAAUACCCAUAAAAUAAAACUUUACAUCCAUAACAUUUCAUUUGUAUGGGUAUAUUUAUUGAAAGAAGGGGGUCAACAUUUGAUUCUCCAUAAAAACAUAUCACCCAAGCUUCGUAGUUUCACCAGAGACACUUAGAGCCCAAUUAGACCAUUGCCUCUCGGUGACUGAUGGAUGCUAAACAAAAAUAGAGGGAAUGUAUAGAAAAAAUAUGUGACAGACAGGAGGGGAUUAAAAGUGUGUAUAUAUAUAUAUAUAUAUAUAUAUAUAUAUAUAUAUAUAUAUAUAUAUAUAUAUAUAUAAGAUAAAUGAUCUUGCUGGCUGCCGUCCAUGGUUUGCCUUGUAAAAGUUAUGUGGUGGGGUGGGUGAAUAUACAUUGCUGUUCUUUAUUUCAUAAAUGUAUUUUAUUUUAAUGUCAUGAUUAUGUCUCUUUUGAUAAAAUUUUUAUGUACAGCGCGGUGAGCCCAGCCCUAGGCUGGGGUAGGCAGGGGUACCGCGCUAUACAAGACGUCUCUGGCUCCACCUAGAUUUUGUUACUGUAUGAUACUGAGCUUCAACCCAUACACAUAAACAAUUACAGAUUACUGCUUCAUAACCGUUAAUAAAUAACAGAUGCGUUAACUGGUCGAGAUUCCAUUACUAGAUCAUCACAGGAUAAAACAGAAGUUUAAAUUAUUUGAAAGAACACAAUGUUGACAUACAAAAAUCACAUCAUGUCUUAUGUACAAAAGGGGCAAGAUGACUUACCAGCAAAAACUUCUCUUUUUUUUAAUAGAUGGUUUCACCCAAACAUCAGUGGCCAACAGGCCGAAAAGCUGCUGAUGGAGAAAGGCCAAGACUGGAGUUUUUUAGCUCGUCCCAGCAGCACAGAAGGGGCCUACACUCUGUCCAUCAGGUGGGAGCGUUGUAACUGUAAACAAUGCCACAAACUUUUAUUGGAAUAAAAAUAAUUUCUUAAAUUAACUAGUAUAGUCCUUCAGAUAACCCGCCAAAACACUUUUAUUUUACUUAUUUGAAGCUAGGGGGAAAUCAUAAUUCACAAUUGAGUUAAUUAACACGUAGGUUAUACAUGGAGUUACUUUACAUAAUGUAAGUUAUACAUUGAGUUAGUUAACAUGUAGGUUUUUAAGAACAAAUUUACUCUUGUUAACGUUAUUUAGAUAACUGUUUUCACACCUGCCAAAUGACACUCAAGUGGUUGUUCGUUUACCUUGUUAAACUUUUAUAUAAAUGAAUGCUCUGAUUUUUUUUUAUAUUCCAGACGAAAUGGGGAAGUAACACACAUAAAAAUCCAAAACACAGGUGAUUCAUACGACCUGUAUGGAGGAGAAACAUUUGCAACAUUAUCAGAACUUGUACAGUAUUACAUGGAGAACCAGGAACAGUUAAAAGAAAAAAACGGGACUGUCAUCAAAUUGAAGUACCCUAUGGCCUCAGUUGAUCCUACCCCAGAAAGGUAUCAAGAGUUCCAGUGUUUUAUUUAUUGCAAGAUUUUAUCGGUGUAUGGAAAAAUAUUUAUUAAGUUUAAAUUCUCAAUUUUCUUUAAAGUAAAUAAAUUUAAGGUAACUUAACACAGCUGAGUCAAAGGUGGAAAGUCCUUCCUCUGCAGCUUCUUUAUCUGUAAUCAAGUAUUGAAAUACAUGCACAUUGUCUUAUGGCAGCGGUUCUCAACCUGUGGGUCACAACCCUUUAUGUAGCCUAAAAAUAAUUUUGUGGGUGGGGGUCGCCACAACAGGAGGAACUGUAUUAAACUGUUGCGGCAUUAGAAAGGUUUUAAAAGAAAUAAUGGAGUACUGGCCACAGCCUUUAUUUUCUUAAACUUGUUUUAUGAAUGUCAGUAUUCUUAUAGCUGGUAAAUAAACAUCUGUCUGUUUUGUUUUUGUUUUUUCAAUGUUAUCAUGGAUUUUUGAAACAAUUUUGUAGGUGGUUUCAUGGUCAUCUUACUGGACGUGAGGCUGAACGGCUUUUGUUGGAAAAGGGUAAAAAUUCCAGCUUUCUUGUCAGGGAAAGUCAAAGCAAACCAGGUGAUUUUGUGAUAUCUGUGAGGUGUGAGGAUAGAGUUACCCAUGUAAAGAUCCGCUGCCAGGUAAGUGUUAGAAGUAAAUGUGAUGUUUUAGAGAACCUUAAUAUAUUGCUGUCAUUUGUGUAGCUAUUGUGUAUCACUCACAUGCGAAGAUGACCAAGGCAAUGUUUGACACACUGCCUACGGGACUCCAUCUCCGGGUUGAUUUUAGAGUUCGCCUUCUCUUAGAUGAAUCGCCACCCAAGAUUAUUGAGUCUCAUCCUCCUGGGGUGCUUGUUUGGGCCUUUGCUUAGCGAUUGAACAUACAGUCCACAAGCUUGGGAUCCACACAUUUAUUGUAGUACAUAUAUAAAUAUUAUUGAAAACUUUUAUUGUAGUAAACAUUUAUUUGAUUAUCUCCUUUUUUUCUAUGCUAUUUGCACAGCCUGUCAUAUCAGGCUGGUGAUUUCAGUGGCUGGCCAUUAAAAAUAAUAAAAGCAUAAUCAACGUCAUUUUAUGAAGUUAAUUUAUUAUUAUGGUGAUGAUGGCAGCAUGCAAGUACAUUUUAUUAUAGAAGAAACUUAAUAAAUCCUUUAAAAUUUUUAUUUUGAGAUCAAAUUAAAGAUAUAUCUUCCAGUGUGAUGCAAUGACUACAGAUUAAUGAACUGUACAAAUAAAAGUUAGCUUAUUUGGAAAAUAACAUUCUGUUCCUUUUAAAAACUUAAUGAAUUUUUUUUUUAAUAUCUGAUUACAGGGUAGUAAGUAUGAUGUUGGAGGUGGUGAAUUGUUUGACUCUCUUAGUGAAUUAGUUGAGCAUUACAAGAAAAGUCCAAUGGUAGAAACCUCAGGAACAGUGGUCUACAUUAAACAUGUAAGUCUAUUACUUUUUGGUUUUCUUCUAAUUUUAUAUCAUUUUUGCAUGUAUGCCCAAAUACCUUUUUAUUUUUUUUACAUUGCUGAAUUUACCCAUCUCCAAAUAACAGCUACAAUCAAAUGAUUGAAUUCAGUACUUUUAAGUCAAAAGUAUGUGGAAGUGAAAAGUAAUUAUAUCACUGAAGUAAAGUUUAUGUAAUUGUGCUGUGAAAGCAGACUAUAUGUAAUUGUAAUUAUUGGCUUCAGAAGUAAAAUGUGAUUAAUUAGACUGUAGAUGUUAAAAAAAUAUAUUUAUUCCACUUUAUUAAAGCUACAACUUGAUUUGAAACAUGUUUGUAUUGUUUACUGAAAAUGUAUUACUUUUUGUACAAAUAAAAGAUGUAUAUCAUUCCUGUGUAGCAGUAUUUUUGAGUGUAAAUAUAUAAAGAGAACAAAAUAGUGAAAAUAACUAGGAAUAAUCAAACAAUAGCAUGUCAUGGGACCACAAUUUGCAGUAACCGUCAUAGGAUUUUAUUGAAACGUAUCCAACUGUAGUUAUGCCAAUAAUUUUCUCCUCCCUGAGUGUAUAGUUAUAUUUCAUCCAAGUUAUUCUCAAAAACUUCCCUAUAUUUUAUCCUGUUUUGGUUUAAUUCAGCCACUCUACAAUAGCAGAGUAAUGGCCUCAUCUUUAGAAAAUAGAAUAAAACAGCUACAGACAGAGGAUGAGGACAGUCAGAGAUCGAACAAUGCAUUUCAUGAGGGCUUUUGGGGAGAGUUCCAUGUAAGUAACAAACCUACUAAAAUUUUUUGUUGUACUCUUAGCAGCAAUGAAUUAAUGAUUGCAUAUGUAGUCACUUCCAUUUCUGUUACAUUCCAGAGCACUAUAAGACUAUCCUAAACGUAAUUUUGAAAAUAUGACGUAAAAGAAAAAAAACAUUGAACCAGGGUGCUUUAAGUCUAUCCAAACUUAAAUUUUUUAAUUUAAUUUUUGUUUAAUCUCUUCUUUGUACUACACCACAAAAGCUUUAAACCCCUCUCUCUCUGGCCAUCCCCAAACAGUAAGGUGCAAUGGGUGGGGCAGAUGGUGUGAUUGCCAGGGCAUCCAUUUUGUGGGGAGGGCAUACACUCUAAGAGUGAAAUGAAUUACUUUUUUUAUUGUCGCUGUUAUCAUUUUUUUGUGUGGCUUCCUGCUACUUCUUCAUGUGAUAAAGUGUUAAAAGCUAAAAGGUCAUCUUCAGGGUAGGGAUCCUAGCAACUCUGUUUUAUCCAACUAGACCUGUUAUUGGGAAAUUCUGUACAUAUUGACCCAAGGCCAUUUAGGGGGACAGUGUUUACAUUAAAUGCUUCUAUCUAAACUAUCUAUCUAUCUGAACUAAACAUAUCUUUGAUGAAUGCACUAUUGCAUGCCAAAAGUAUUUGUAAAAUAUUUGCAAUGGAAGUGCUUGUUUCAAAGCACACACAAAAAUGAAAUAACAGUGUUUUAAUCUUUAUAAAACAUUUCUAGUUGUCAAAUAUUCUAGUUGUUGAAUAUUUGGCUCGUUGUUUAGGUUUAUGAUUCUCGCUUUGGUUUAAUCUCUUGUAAAUCUUGCCACACAACAGACUAGGUUGAUUCAUCAAAACAAUACGCUUCAAGGUACAUAAGACAUUUAUUUGCUGACAGCAUUACUAGAUUAAUGCGUCUCAAAGUUUAGUGAACAUGAAUCCAAAGUAUAUGGCAAUAUUCCAAUCAGCAAAACAUAUCAUGACAAAAUCCACUAUCUCCAAAAAGACGUCUCGCUGUCGCGAGUCCUAUCUCUCGUCUAACCUCUGUUAACGUACUCCCCGUGACAUAAUAACUAUUCUCCUCUCACUCCCCCUUUCAUUCAAUCGUUCACUCCAAAAUCGUUCACCAGUAACAUGAAAAUAGUUCACUCUCGCUCCUAAGCCCUGUUCAUCCCCACUUCCCACUCAAACACACCACGCCUGAUUUCAUGAUCUUGACACUAGUAUCAAUAAGUGUUUUGCUGCAUCAGAUUGGAAACAUAUAAUUACAAUUCUGGCAUAAAGGUUAACAAAUUUGUCUCAGUAUUUACAUCUUAUGUACUCCUUUUAUAUAUUUGACUUUCUGAGGUAAUCUAAUCCAACUGCUCAUAUUUCUAAAUAUUGGAAUACUACAAAGUUAAAUGCACAUCUUUGUCUCAAUGGAGAUUUUUAUCUAUCAAACUUUGGUCUAUGAUUAAUUUUCCUAUUAAGUAAAUCUAUGUAGAUAACUUUUUUUAAUCAGACUCUUUAACAGUGGCAGCAUACUUCCAUACUUCAGAGCUUCCAUCCAAUGAUGGUGCACUUAAAAACAGUGUGCAGAAAAUAAUUCACAUAAUUUCAUCCUAAUUAUCUUAUUUAAUAAAAAGUAGGUAGUUUGGGGCAUGCAAUCAAGCAGUACGCCAGAUCAUCACCAAAUUGUCUGAUGGGGUGUAAAGAAAUAGCAAAAGAAUUAUUUAAAAAACUUCCAUAAUGCCUUACAGCAUAUUCAGUUUCCUUCAUUGAUGUUGUAUUACAGCAACUUCAGCAAUGUGAGUUUACAGGCAUUAGGUAUUCCAGGGAAAAGGGAAGUAAACCUGAGAAUAAGGCAAAAAACAGAUACAAGAAUAUUCUGCCUUGUGAGUUACCUUCUUUUAAAAAAUGUUUUUGACAAAUUAACUGGUUAAUUUAAUUGUAACUCUUAAUGAAGAAUUUAAAAAAUGUAAUACAAAUUAUACCUUUGAACAAAAUAAGUUAAAAAAAUGUUUUUGAGUAAAAAGGUAAAUGUAGGUUCCUUUUUAUUUUUCAUUUUCUGGUGAUUAUUAAGAGUAGAUUUCAAGAUUGUUUAUAUUAAAUAACAGUGGAUAAGUAAAGGUAGCCACUUUUUUAAAUGUCACAAUACUGUCACAGUUACUGUUAAAUACCAGUAGAAAAAUAGCCACUUUUUAAAAUUUGCAUUCCUGUCAAAUAAUGUGUUCCAACAGGAUAUUCCAUAUUAUUGAAUAGGUGUGGCCUGCAUCUAGGGCAUAAGGUUCUAGGAUUCAGGGAGCCCAUCCCACACAAAAAGUUUUAAGGCUGACUAAGAAUCAAAAUAAGUUAAAUUUGUGGAAGUAUUCAGUCUAUUAUGAAAUUUUUGGCAGAUGAAUAAACUUGAUUAUCUUCAUCCUGUGUUUGAAUUUUUUUUUACCCCAUUGUCAUGUGGCAUCAACCAUGCCGUGUCUUUUGCAUCUAACCUUCUACAUUAUCUUGCAGAUGAUUAUACAAGAGUUAUUCUUUCUGAUGGCAACGAGGAGCUAGGGACAGACUAUAUCAAUGCAAAUUUAAUUGUCUGGGUAUGUUGCUAAAUAUGAAUAUAGUUAUUUGAUAGCAUAGACAUUCUGAUAUUUUUAACCAGAAUUUCAAAUGAACUUAUUUGUGCCUCAUAUCUUUGGUUGAUGUAUAUAUCAAUUUUAAAAAACAAAUAUUUACUUAUUUUCAAGCCAAAUAAGAAGCUUUGAAGUAUCAUGAAUUGAUAAUUUACUGAGUGAGUUUUCAUUUUCAUACAGACUGAUGAUGACCAAUUGAUUGAGCCCAAGAGAAAGUACAUAGCCACUCAAGGACCUUUAACUAGUACAAUGUUAGAUUUUUACAGAAUGAUUUGGCAGGAAGGGUCGAGAGUUAUCAUCAAUUUAGCCAGGAUCACAGAAAGAGGAAAGGUACACUUUUUGAAAUCAUGCCAUCAUUUUUUGUUUUUGAAUUCCCAUUUAUUAUAUAUGAUCUACACUGACUAACAAUCCAACCACUUACAUGUUUACACAUCAGGAAUAGAUUUAAAAUUAAACAUCUUUUUUUAAGUAUGUCAUAUCUUCAACCUUUCUCUUCCAUACAGGUGCAAAUUAACAUCUACUGGCCCACGGCCGAAGAGAACUAUGAAAAACUGUUUGUAUUUGAGCAUCCAGUGGACAGCAGUGGCAAGAAAGAGUUUAUCUGUCAGUACAGGGUGAAGCUGAUCACUGAAACAGGGGAUCAGACCUACAUUAAGAGGGAGAUGGUACUCACUAGAGAAAACAAGGAGGGCAAAGUAAGUUUUAUCACUUGCAUGUUUUUUCUGUAUCCCUAGAGUGAUAAGGGCUACUUCCUUCUGAAAAUGUAAGUAAUGUUAAAUUAAUUUUUCUAAUUUGACUCUGCACAGGGUUGCACUGAAAAGAAAAUAGACUGGCUAUUAAUUGAUCUGACGAUUAUUAUUUUUGCUGUGCUCUAAAAAUUUGUACAGGCAGAAAAGAAAAAAAAACAACAGAUUUUUUUUAAAGAGAUACAUUUCAAAAUCGUUAGAUGACACUUGUUUCCAAAGAAACCAAACUGAUUUUACUUCUAGUGCAGUAUGAGACAUACCAAAGAAAUGAAUGAAUAAAUCAUCAAAAGAGUUAACUAUGUUGUAAAACAUUUUUGAUGUUUUCACACAACAGAGAAACAAAUUACAAUCAGCCAGUGAAAAAAACAACAACAAUGAAGAUGAGCCCUGGUUUAUUCAAAUGAUUAUCUGUAUAUGCCAAUUUUAAAAGUAACAUUGAAAUAUACAUUAGUUUAAAAAUAUCUGUGAGGUCAGUUUUUAAAUCUUCUCUACUGUUGUAAGGAAAUAUUAAGCCACUUCCAAGGAUCACAAGUAUGGCAGCAAUCACACCAGAUUUUCAGUAAAUGAUUUAUGAUAUCUUUUUCCAGCCCAUGGAAGAACCACGAAAGAUUUACCAGUUUCACUACAUGAUCUGGCCUGACUACAAUGUACCUGAUGACCCUGGGUCAAUGAUAGAUUUUCUAGAAAGAAUAAACAACUUGCUGGAUUCUUUACCUAGUCCUGGUCCAGUUGUGGUACAUUGCAGGUAUUUUUAUACAUUAAGUUAUUGUUGAAUGUUAUAAAGUGGAUAUGGAAAGCUAAAAAAAUAUCAGUGUUUGAAAUGAGAACAAAACAAACAAAAUUUAAACAAAACAGACUGAUCCCCCCGUAUUAUCAAUUUUGUUUUGUUAUUACAAAUAAUAAUUCUCUAGCUAUGUAUGUAUGUAAUUUAUGCAUGGCUGUAAUGCUCUGUUCUACUUUGCGAAAAAUACAAUUCCCCAAAAGUGCACUAGCGGCAUGUAAAUUUGUGUUCAAUAGCUGCUGUAAAUACAAUUCCUGUAUUAAAAACACUGAUAGUGAGAUUUGUUGUUUACAGAAAUUGAUAUCAAUUUAAAUCUGGCAAAAUGAAUGUGCUUAGGACUAUACUAUAUGUAAAUGUAUAAAUUCUUUUAAAUGUUAGUGCUAGUUUCAUAAAUUAGAAAAAUAUUAAAUUUAAUGAAAUUCCGAGAAGUUAGCACCAAUUUGAAAUUCUUUUAAGUUCGUUACUCGAAUGCAUGCUUUGUCAAGUCACUUUAGUAGAUGAUAAGGUCAUGCAUCGCAGCUGCCAUUGUUUGGCUGGUUAUUUCUAGCUUUAAGAUAAUAAGCAUUACUUUCCAUUGUUUUUACUUAACCCUUUUGCUGAUUUUUUUUUUUUUUCCUUCAAAAUGAUAAUUUUAUAAUUGAAACUUAUUAUUUUUUAAAUCCAAAAGUUUUAUUUACAUUUCAGUGCUGGUAUAGGCAGAACAGGAACACUUAUAGUUACAGACAUGAUAAUUACUCAAAUCAAAACAUAUGGUGAGAUCUGCAAUUUAUGCCUGUGCAUUAGUAUAAUUUAUCAGAAAUAUUUAUAUAACCCUUUAAAUUAUUGCUCCACCAACAGUGACAAUAUUUUUUAAUGAGCACUAUUUUACAAUGAAAUGAAAUUCUGGUAGUAAUGAUAUUGAGGUUUACAAAAUAUCUGAAAGUUGAUUUUGUUUAGGAAUUUUUUCUAUUAUUUAAAAAAAAAUAUAUAUCUAUAUAUGUAUCUUUUUUUUUUUUUUUUUUUUUUUUUUUUUUUUUUUUUUUUUUUUUUUUUUUUUUUUUUUUUUUUUUUUUUUUUAAUUGUGAUAUAUUUUUUUUUUUUAAAUUUUUUUUUUUUUUUUUUUUUUUUUUUUUUUUUUUUUAAAUCUCAAGAUGAUAAUAAUUUGACAGCUUUUAAUAAUUGGGAAAAUUAUUUUCUGUGACAAGUUUUUUUGUUUAUUGUUAUAAAAACAUAUGUAUAAAUAAUUAUUUGUAAUACAUGAUCGUACACAAAACUUCACAUUACAUUUUUUUUGGAUUUAUAUUGUUGAUGGGUAGUUAACCCACGAACUGUGGCAUGGAUUACUCUGUGAUGUGGAGCUUUUCAGAGCGUUUUGAGUGCCAUUUGAAAUUGCAUUAAAUGACAUAGACAUAUUGAUACAAGACCCCCAUAAGUAUAUAUUUUUAGAAAGGUAAAUGGAUAGGGAUAAAGUUGGCCUUAUUGCCCGCCCCUUAAAAAAAUUUUGCUCAGUGUCCUUGACCUUGGAGUUCUCAAGAAAAAAAAUCGACAAAAUGUCUUGCUUUCAAGUGCUCAUAACAUUAUUAAUUUUUAUAGAUACAGUUAAAAAACACAAAUCCAAGUGUUAUAGCCAAUUCAUUUGUCUUUCAGAAAAUGUAUAGUUUGCUAAGGUUUUGAUUGCAAUUAAACCUCUGAAAGCAAUUUUAGUAAUUUUAGGUCAUUUAUAUAAGAAACUGGUACCACUGCAAAAAUCAAGUAUAAAAUACAAAAUCUCAAGCAAAAUAGUAAUUAUUGACUAAUAAACAUUUAAAAAGGAAAUGUGGAACUGAUUUGGGUUGUUUAACUAUAAAAUUUAUUAGUUCUGAACUAUAAUCUGUAGCUUCUGUGACUAAAAUUCACUCAGUCAUUGCCCAAACUCCGGGCCUGGCUCGAAGUCUAACAGUAGACUCAGUAGGCCUACUUCAGUAUAACUAAGACUAGUAUAAAAUUCACGAGAAGAAUAAUCUCAACUGAUAUCGUCAUGGGGAAUGUUAAAAUCAUCAUCAGUAUCACUUAAAAACCUAUCCUAAAAAGCUUUCAAACAUAUUUCUAUUAGUUCUUGCACUGAAGGCCCAGCCAUAGCUUCAUCCAUUUUAGCUUUAAAAAAAAACAGCAAUAUAAAACUCCGCUUUAAAAGUAUUUAUUUUUAAGUUAUCAAGAAACAGCUUGAACCGGAAGAUGAUUUAUUUAUUAAUAAAAGUAAGUGGCUAUAAUUCCAUUUAAAUAUUGGUUUGGAAGUUGCUAUCGGAUUUUUUCGGCCGCCACAGUACAGAACGAGAAUGUCGGCCGAUUUUUUCGGCCGACCACAGUUUGUGGGUUAACUUAAAGCUGAAGGAUUGUUGUUCUCUGUCCCAAUGUACAUAGCGUGUCAUCCUUCCAGGUUUUGAUUGUGAUAUUGACAUCUUCAAGACAAUCCUGAUGGUAAGGGCACAGAGAUCUGGCCUAGUGCAGACCCAGAGCCAGUACCAGUUUGUUUACCUGGCUGUUCAGAGGUACAUGGAGAUAGAGCGGCAGAGACAGCUGGCCGGACAGGUCAGCGUUGAAACUCAUUUCAGUGUAGAUUAACAUCAGACAUUAUGCACUCUUUCUUGGAUGGCUAUUUGCAUGUUUACAUUUAACUCAUUCCCGACAUUUGCGGCCUUUACAGGUUUUGCCGGAUGCGUCCAAAUGCGCCCCGGCGCAUAGAUGCGCCCCGGCGCAUAGCGACACACCUCUCUCAUAUCUAUUUAAAAAUAGCAAUGAAAUCUCGCAUUCCUCGAGACUUCCAGCGAUGGCGUGGCUAAGUGUGAUUUUAAUUUAAAAACUGGAAGUUUUUAUCUUGUUUCACUUUAAAACUACGUGUGCUUUAAUACGGAGCGUCUAUAUGUAGCAUGUGUUCGUCUGAGGUGCUGAAAAUCGAUUAUUUGGUUAUUGUUCGUUAUUUUUUCACCACUAAUGUUAUAUUUAUAUUAAACCUUAUUCAUUUUUUGUUGCAUUGUUCUUAAUUCAUUAACAUUAAAUAAUAUUUAGUAGCUUAAAUAAAUAUUUUACAAAUUGCAAAACGGAGUUACUUCUCUUUCUCAGGCAAAUAAAUUAAGUACGGAAGUAGCAUUGCAGGAGGGAAUGAGUUAAAUAAUAACAUGAUGCUUUUUUUUUUUUAUAUCCUUCCAAUUUUAAGUUCAUUACAGGAAAAACCAACUUGGCAAUUUUGUGUUUCACAAUCCAACUUUGAACAUUUGAAUAUGUAUGCAUUUGUAAUAAUUGUUAUGUCCAGAAAUAUUCUAGAUUUUUAAUUUUGAAAACAAUUUGAUUCUGUUAAGAGAAAAAAAAAAGAGUUGGAAAUCAAAUGGAACCAUUGUAAUGCUCAUUUUGUUAAUUAUAUAUUCAUAAGUUUUAAUGAAGGAAUGGAAUUUUUAAUUUUAGACUUGAACAUUUGUUUUCAUUUUCUGCUACUGUCUGAUUUUAGCCAUGUGAUUGCCAUUCUUUACAUUCAUAAUUGAUACAUUUUGUAUAGAUUGUAUUUUAUACAUUAUUUAUGGAUUUUUGAAUAGCAUGUAUGAUAUACUUUAUUUUGAUGUUUUCACUAAGGGAGAAUGGUUUAGUACUUUGGGGCAGGGACUCUAAAGCAAACAAUUGUUUCAGAGUCCUGUGAUUUUGCAAAACUCUGUUGAAGAGCAUGAAUAAUUAUAAUCAAAAUGUAGAACGACAUUUGAAUUUAUCUUGUGUUUGAUCUCCUCCAGACAAAUGCUGGUAGAGAAUAUACCAAUAUCAAGUAUGCUACAGGAGCAGUAGAAGCAGCAAAGAGAGCUCAAGCUGCUGGACACCCCCCACCUGUGCCACCCCUGCCUCACCCUGGUGCUAGGCGGAGAGAUGUGAGGUGAGGUUAUGUUCAGUUAUGAAUUUGUGUAAACUUAGCUUAAGGACAUCUUCUUAAACUUUUAAAAUAUGUUAGCGUUGAAUAAUUUAUACAGUUAACCAUUGUAUUUCUAAUAUAUAUAAUUAUUUUAAAAAAUUAUUUUAUUUACUUUUUUUCAAUCAAUUUUUAAAAAAUGUACGGUACUUCAUGAGAUUUUUCUAGAAAAAUGCUCAAUCCAACUAUGCAUCCAAGCAUUGAACAUUAUAAUAAGAAUCCACAUAAUUAUACUAAUCUAUUUUGUUACUGCUAGCAGUUUAUUCCUUUUUAUUCUUUUUUUUUUUCAGAUUGCCGAAUGAUGAUUCUUCAAUGCAGUAUCAGAAUAUAAAUGCUAUGGACACAUAAGUCUCACUCAACAGGGCCAUAGAGAAAUUAUUCCCCCUUCAUGAAACAAAUUCAAGACAUUUAAAAGUGUAUUUGAAAUGUAGCCUUUUAUUUUAACAUUCUGUGACACUGUCUCUCCUUGUCAAGACUCAGGAAACAGACACAGUAAAAUAAUGAGAUUAACUAACAGCACUUCUUAAUUGUACCAUUAUCAAAUUCAAAUCACUUUCUGGUAUAGAAUGAAUGUGUUGGAAAGAAGCUUUUUAGAAACUGCAAGAGUUAAUAAAUGUUCUGAUACAUUUUCUGCCAAAGAGAAUUAUGGCUAGGAUAGCCCACUGGCCAGCAACUCACACCCCAAUAGCUACAUCUUCUGUUUGAAGGAGUAGAAGCAAAAACUUUUUUUUUUUUUACCAUUCUAUAAUAGCAUGCUUCUCCAAAAGAUUUACUAAGCAGAAAUAAACUAUAAACACAAAAAGGCUGCUGACCCCCCCUGAUACUACAGCCUGUUCAAGAAGGGGAGGAGAGUAAAAUUAUUAGUUUUAAAGUCAAAUGUUUCAUGUUGAAUAGCCAAUGGUCAUGUAUUCAUUCUAUGCUGUGUUGAACACUUUUUUUUCUUCAUAACGACCUAGAAAAUGAUAUAAUUCUAUUUUUGUCAAAUAUUUAUAAGUCUUACAUGCAUCAGUAUGCAAGUUGGGACACUUCUCAUUAAUACUAGUUCUACAUAUCCUAAAGUCAGUCUCUAGGGAAGCAAUGGUUGGCCAUAAGCUGCAUUCUGGCAAGUUGGGACACUUCUGCUGCCAAUGAUACAUGGUUUAGAACAGCCUUCCCCAACCUUAUAAAGUCUUUCAGACCACUUGAACCCUGCCGCAAUAAUUCAUUCCCCCCCGCUCCCAAACAAUGCCCUCCACCCCACCCUAAACUCCAGGUUGUAUUGUUAAAUAUGUCUAAUUUCAAAAUUUUUACAAUAACUUCUCAUAGUAUGAACAGAAGGAAAAAAAAAUUUAGAACAUUUUUUUUUUUUUGAAGAUUCAUUGUACAGAGUACUGUUAGGAGUCAUAUAAAUGCUAUGCAAUGAAUCCUAAGAACUUUCCUAGAAAUCCAUUAAGUUACUUCAUUGCUAAAUCAAUUCAUUUACACUUGUUAAAAUGUUUUAAAGAAACACAACAAAAGAUAUCAAAAGAAAAUGUUUCUCCUUUUGUAAAAUAUCAAAUACAAAUACUUCUAAAAAUCCAGAUUUGGCUUGUGGAUUCACUUAAGACUUUUCACUGACCCCCCCCAGUUCAGUUGACCUCAUGUUAGGGGAAAACUGGGUUAGAGAAGAUUCCUGAGGUUCCAUAGAGUGAGGAGAUAGACACAACAGUUUUCAUUAAUUGUGUGGUUGUUUAUGGUGUAAGAAUUUAGCUAAGAUCUUUCUUGUUUGCAUUUUCACAUAGUUAUUUUGUGUUGGAUAGAUUUUCAAAAAUUCUGUUAAAUAAAAAAUGUUUUUUUUUGUGGAUAAAAUAUUACUGUAAAUAAAUAUGGCAUUUGUGUGAAUUUUAUGGAAGUAUUAUUAAUUAUUGUUUAAUAUCACUAUAACUUAGAAGUAUUGUCUUUUGUUGUAGUGUUAGUUUCAGUAAAUGCUAUUGUUGAUAUUAUUGUAGGCAAAACUUGUGUGUGACACAAUCAUAGAGCUUUUGAAUCCGGAGAUAUCUUUAAAAAAUAUUUAUAAAAUUGUAAAAAAAAAAAAAAAAUAGACAUUAUUAACCUAGUGACAACUGAUCAACUGUGUCUUAACUGUACUGUUGUAAUCUCAAUUCUCAGGCAUGUUGUUUGCCUUCAUAUCAUUUCCACACAAUACUAAAUGCAAGAACAAGCCUAAUCAAUGGAGGUAGCUUAGCUAUGCUUAAAAACCUAAAAGAGACAUGUGUAAGUUGCUUGUGUUUAGCCUUUGUGUUGUUCACUGGAAAGCAGUUCACAGAACAGAUUCAUCCUAGAUCUUCUACAGUUUAUUUUUAUAUUUUGUAAAAUGGAGGGUCUUUCAGAAAAUUAUCCAUAUUAAUAUGGCUAUUAAGUGUUACCCUUUCAUGCUAACAGAUUGAGGACCACUGAUCUAUAUUGCAUGGGUGUUACAUGAUAUUUUAAUGAAAGUGAUAUAUGUAUGAAUUGUGAUGACAUAAAAUUCAAAUACAGGUAUAAGAAAAUAUAUAACCUUGGCAAAUUUUAAAAAUAAAAUGUAAUGCAGAGUAUCUUCAUAAUUUAAUUGCUACUAAAUUUUUGUUCAACAAAUGAAUUUCUAUUACACUAAGCUUAGACAGAUAGCUUAAGAUUUUGUUUCAACACUGUUAAAGUAAUAAAUUUAAUCCCACCUUAUUUUUAUUUUGUUUCUUAGCUCAUUUUAUUAUAAAUUGGAUAGUGGCAUCGCUAGGGUUGGUGCCUCUCAGGGAGAGUCAGCAUUUUCCUGACUCCUUCCUAGAAAAACUCAGUAUUUGAACGAUAAUGCCGCCCCUAUAUAUAAAGAAAAAAGUGCUGCCUCGGAGGACCCCCCCCCCUCUGCACUCCCCUUCCUACUCAGCUGGGUCUUUAAAAAUUAUAGCUAUAGCCUCACAUUAUGAUGUUUCAAAGAUUGGAAUUUUCUGUAAACACAUUUUUAAUGACACUGUACUAUGCCGUGUAAGAAAAAUCUCUGGAUUCGUUAAACCUCCAUUUACUUGUUUCACAAUCACUUCAGGUAGAGUUUGAUAUCGUCAGCUGUCUUAAAGAUUUUUGAUGUUGCGUAUCAAAAUUUUUUCUAUGCCUUACUCCAAUUGUACAGUUUUAUCUUUCUUCGCAAAUGUUUUAUUUUUUUUAUUUUUUAGAUCUAUUUGUUAACUUAAGUGAGAUAAUUAUGUUGCAGUUCAAAAAGCUCUCAAUCCAACGAACCAUUUGGUCUUGGCCGUUUUGUUUAUUUUCGAUUACCCGUAGUUGUUUUUUAAUAGUUUUUAAAAUUCAAAAUGAUAUUCCUUAUUCUAGCUUGGUUUUCUCUAAUCUGAGUUUGGUUAUUCCAAGACUCAUUCAAAUAUUUUUUAACUUAUAGCAUGUAGUUAAUAUCUUUACAAAGUACACAAAAAUGUGUAAAUUAUUUAUAUAAAAAUAAGAUUAAUUUAAGCCUUAAGAAGUUAAUUUUUCAAAUUGAAAAUAUUUUACUUAUUUUUCUAGAACAUUUUUUGUGUUCACUUAGAAACGGUUGCUGCAUUCAUUACACAAUGGUCUCACCAGAGUAAGCACUGCUUGUAUAAUAAAGAAAAUUGAUAUUUAUCAUAUUUGUCUUCUACAAAAAAAAUUGUUUAUUUUUCUGUUUGUGUAUAUCAGAUUGACCAAAUUGUAUCUAUUUUUAUUUGCUGUUGUGAAGUGAAAUUCAACCAACACUGUGAUGAUUAGUCUAUGGGCCAUAAUUAUGUCAAAGUCAUGACCAUAGCUGUAGAGUCAAGAGUCUGACUUUUUAUUUUGUCACUGUAAGUCAUGCUGUAUGACUGUUUGUGGUUAGAAAGGGUCCCAAAGAUAUCCAAAAUAAUAUGUUCCAUUUUCAUAUAUCAGAAAGAAUUGUGCUACCCGGUACAUAAAUCUCCUAUUAAUUAGUUGUCUUCAUCCAAGCAUGUAUCUUGUGUUUGUUUUAGUAAAAGUAAAAUAAUGUACAACCAUAACCAAUUGAUGAAGAGUCAGAAUUGGAAAAGUAUUCUCUAACUCUAUAGCCCUGUUUUUCAAAAUACAAAAACAUGGAACAAUUCCAAUUUAAUAAUCAGGUAUAUAUGAAAACUUUGGCAUUAAACUUUGCACAUUCUAUUUUUGUAUCGCUCUACUAAAGUGACUUUAAAGAAAGAAAGAAGUAUCAAAGAUUUAUUUUAUAGUAGCUUUAUAUCCCAAUUACAAAAAGCAAUUAUUUAAAUUGAUGACAUAGGUAUUUCACACAACUCCACACAAUGUUAUUAGCCAUUCAUGGUAUGACAUUUUGUUGUAAGUGUCUCUUAUUCUUCUCCCAAAAUUAUUUUUGUUUUGAAAAUGAUUAAUCCUACCUUAUAAUAUCUGUCAAAUUGUACCCACAAUGUGUACAUGACUGCUGUAUGCAAUACAAAAAUGUGUUCUUUUAUUAUCCAAAAUAUGAUUUAAUCUAUAAUAUGCACAAAAGAAAAAUAAUUAAUAAAACAGGUGUCCUAAUCUUUUUAAUUUAAACAAAAUAAAUUAAAUAGUAAAUCAUAAAAAUAUUAUAAUUUAUAGACUGACUUAUUUCUAAUAGUUCAAUGAUGUUACUUUCACUUGUGUAUAGCAUUUAUAAAAUUAUUUUGAAUGCUAAAAAUAAUGUCAUGAUUUCCAGAUUUUAUCUCAGGAACUAGAAAGGUAUGCCCUAACAGUGAAACAAUGACAAGAUAAAGAAAAGGGAUUCAUUUUAUUUUUGUGUUUUGUUAAUGCACACUUCAGCUUUAACAAAAUUAUGUAUCAGUGUUACUUAUGAUAGCAUUUGAAAAUAGAGGCACUUGUCAUGAUGAAUUAUUUCUGUGUUAACACUUAUAUCUAUCUUUUGGAUGAGAAAGUAAUGUUGUCUAAAAACAUUUUCACCACCUUUUCUUAACUAUUUUUUUGAAUACUCAAUAUUACUAGUGGGG